GGAGUUUCGAGCGAACAAACGCAUUAAACUAAGGCAACACAAUGACUACUAGAUCUACGGACAGCCAGGAACCAGGACAAACAACAUCCGUACACACGGAAGAAGUCGAUGAGACGAGUACCGAAACUAAAGAACAUAGCGACACUGCACACGAGUACAAUUCACAAGAUGCAGCAGAAAAUAUGUUGAACAGUGAAUCAUCGGAUAUCGAUGAUAGUGACAAUGACAAAGACUAUAUUCCGGAAGAAGGCGAUGCAUCGUCAGAUGAGUCGAUAGUUGUCGAACUCAUACCAAACAUUCAAAGAUUUCAAAAGAAGACAGCGUCAACACUACCUCCUGUUGAAUCCUUGCAAUCUCGUGAACGUGACGAAUCAUCCGCAGAGGCACACAAAACCAACAUCACCAUCGCUUAAACAAAUAACAGUGAAUACAGAC